AUGUUAUUUAUAUUUUUAUAAGUUUGUGUCGUUUUUGCAAGAAUUCCGUUUUCAGAAAUUGCCAAACAUAAGCAUCACAUACCUUGUAAUCAACUGUAGGAUGCAAAAGAAUAUUUGGACAUGAUAGAACAUAAGGAUUAAUUGAUUGAAGACUCAAAAAUAUUGGAAUCUUACAUAGGAAGAACAACUAAAUUUGAAAAUAGGGAUCUCACCAUGUAGGAUUUAGAAGGCAUCAGUUAAUUGUUGGAAUAUUAUGAUAAUACUGAAGAUUUGGAAAGAAGAGACUAAUUACUAUAGGAAUUAUACAAUUAAAUCGCCGCAAUGAAGAGUUCCAUAGAUUACGAUCUCGAACAAAUUGACGAUUCCCAAUAUGAUCGUAUUAGUGAUUUAGUAAAUAAUUCUGAAUGCGACGACGUCACAAUUAUAGGGUCAUUUCAACCACUGUUUAAAUAGGAAGAAAAACCAAAGAAGGAAAAAGUUUAAGAAAGGAUUAGACUCUCAAAUAAUUCAAAAACAAUAAAAUUGCCAAGAAGGAGAAAACACGCAAAAAAGUAUGUGAUCACCAAAAAGCCUUAUGAGUGGGAUAAAGAUAUUAAAAACUAUGAUGAAAUCCCUAUUCCCAAUUAUAAUGAUUACCCCCAUAUGGAUGGAGAUGAUGAAAUUGACUGCUUUUUUGAUUGA